AUGAAGCCGGGAAGUCGAAAACCGCACCGGAAAACGAGGACGGGUUGCAAAACAUGUAAGCAGAGGAAGAUCAAGUGUGACGAACAGCGGCCACAAUGUACAAAUUGUGUCAAGCAUUCUGUACCAUGCGAUUAUCUGAGUCCCGCCGUUGGCAGUACGACCAGUCCUGGUCUGUCUCAACCACCUACGCCUUCCGCUACCACUCCUGGAGAGCUACCAAGUCAUGGACCGAGUCCGUUGUCGAACCAGCUGCCCAGCGCCCACCCACCGGAUCUGAAUAUGAUCGAUCUGGAACUUUUGCACAAUUUCUGCACGUCGACCUGCCUCACACUCUACGAGGACGCACGUCUUAAAGACAUGUGGAAGAUCACUGUUCCUCAGCUAGGUUUCCAAUACGACUUCGUGAUGCGUGGAAUUCUCGCCAUAUCGGCACUACACAUAGCCCGUUUUGUACCGGACAAGAGUGACUAUUAUAUGAGUCAAGCCAUGAUGCAUUACCAAAGCGGUCUCCAAACAGCGUCCGCACUGCUUUCCAAGAUCGAUGAAACAAAUUGCGAGGCAAUCUGGAUAUUCUCUAACUUUCCUCUAUUCUGGACCCUUGCUACAGCUCACCAAACCGAUGACUUCUUAUUGAUUGGAAAUUCAAUAGGAGCAAGCUGGCUAGACCUCGUCAGAGGAGCAUCUGCUAUCCUGAGCCAAACUCACGAGCAACUCCACGCAGGAUCUCUUGGUCCGACGUUUCGACUUGGUGCCAUUAGAGCCGACCUGCGUGAGCAAGCUGCUUACGACUUCCCCCCCGACCAGGACCCCACACAGGAUUUGCGUAGCCAGAUGGCUUAUUCGAAACUACCGCCUGAGAGCUACGACCUCUGCAUGAAAGCCAUCGAAGAGCUCCGCAAAUCUUUUGCAUUAUUCUACAACAAUGCAAAUAGGACCUCGAAUGACUUUGGCGAUAUCUUCAUUUGGCUCUUCCGAGUCAACAACGGCUAUCUGGAUCUCAUCCGCGACCACUGUCAAGAAGCUAUAGCAAUAUUCGCUUAUUUCUGUGUGAUGCUCAAGGCCCUAGAUCAUAAGUGGUGGAUCCAAGGAGCAGCCGUUCACCUCCUCAAGCAAAUCUGGGACGCUCUCGAUGAAGACCAUCGAUUGUGGAUUCGUUGGCCCAUAGAGCAAAUAGGUUGGAUCCCCAGUUCUACUGCUUCGAGGAUGACUUCUGCAGUGAACACACCCGCGGCAGCACCUACUACUUCGACGACACCAGCUCAUAUGUCUCCUCCCGCGCCCGCGACUUGA